AUGUUGCCAGUGAGGCGCUUGACCCACACGGCUCCCCGCACUUUGGCCCGCAUCUCCAGAUUGCCCACAUUCGCUUCUUCUCGCAUUUCAGUCCCUACACUUACUCACACUCCUCGCUUUUCGACCAUGGCCGCACGUCAGUCUGCCGCUCCUGCGGUCCCUAGCGACAAGGCGUAUGACCCUGAGAUCCAGGACAUGGCCUCGUACAUCCACGACUACAAGGUGGACUCCGACUUGGCGUUCGAUACUGCCCGUUUGGUCUUCUUGGACACUCUCGGCUGUGGACUGGAGGCUUUGAAGUUCAAGGAGUGCGCCAAGCUGCUUGGUCCGGUUGUUGACGGUACUGUUGUCCCCAAUGGUACCCGUGUCCCUGGUACUCCUUACCAGUUGGAUCCCGUCAACGGUGCUUUCAACAUCGGUGCGAUGAUCCGCUGGCUCGAUUACAAUGACUGCUGGCUCGCUGCUGAGUGGGGUCAUCCCUCGGACAACCUGGGCGGUAUUCUCGCUGUGGCUGACUGGAUUUCCCGCACCAACCGCGCCGGUGGAAACCUUGGUAACGGCAAGAUCCUGAAGAUCCGUGAUGUUCUUGAGGCUAUGAUCAAGGCCCACGAGAUUCAGGGUGUCCUUGCUCUGGAGAACUCUUACAACAAGGUCGGCCUUGACCACGUUGUUCUCGUCAAGGUUGCGACCGCCGCUGUUGUCUCCAAGAUGAUGGGUCUCACUGAGAAGCAGACCGCCGAUGCUAUUACCCAGGCUUGGGUGGACGGCCAGAGUCUCCGUACCUACCGCCACUCCCCCAACACCAUGUCCCGCAAGUCCUGGGCUGCCGGUGAUGCCUGCCAGCGCGCUGUCAACCUGGUCUUGAAGGUCCAGAAGGGUGAGGGAGGUCUCCGCACCGUUCUCUCUGCCCCAACCUGGGGCUUCUACGAUGUCCUGUUCAAGGGCAAGAAGUUCCAGUUCCAGCGCCCCUACGGCAGCUACGUCAUGGAGAACGUUCUGUUCAAGGUCUCCUACCCUGCUGAAUUCCACUCGCAGACUGCCAUUGAGGCCGCCGAAAAGGUCAACGCCAAGCUCGCCUCCAUGGGCAAGAGCGCCAAGGAUAUCAAGGAGAUCACCAACCGCACACACGAGGCCUGCAUUCGCAUCAUCGACAAGCAGUUCAAGGAGAUGGACAACUUUGCCGAUCGCGACCACUGCGUGCAGUACAUGGUGGCCACCAUGCUCGUCUUCGGCCGUCUGACCGCCAGCGACUACGCUGACGGCUCCGAGGCCGCCACCUCUCCCCUGCUGGAGGACCUUCGCAAGCGCAUCCGCUGUGUCGAGGAUACUCAGUACACCACUGACUACCACGACCCCACCAAGCGUACCAUCCCCAACGCACUGACCGUCACUCUUAAUGACGGCACUGUUCUCGAGGAGAUCGCCGUUGAGGCUCCUCUCGGCCACCGUCUCCGUCGCGAGGAGGCUAAGCCCGAGAUUCUGGCCAAGUACAAGCGCCAUCUCGAGGCACACUUCGACCAGGCUCGCGUCGAUGAGCUGCUGAAGGUGGGCUGGGACCGCCCUCAGCUGGAGAACUACGAUGUCGACCAAUAUGUCGACCUCUACGUCAAGGACAAGAUGGUUGCCAACGCGUAA